UGUAAUACAGCAGCUCUCAUCUGGGUCUCGUUUGAGAAAUGAGACGGAUCGAUAACUCUAUUAUCUAGGUACUGAUGACCUGGACAAUAAACGACGACAGUUUCGUGCCAGCAUUGAGUGUCGUUCAUUAUGUGACAUGACUGUAGAAAUUGAGCCGGCAAAGACCUACAUUCUGUUUGUGUUUGUACCGUGCUAUCCUGAAAUGAAAUUCAGAUGAAUUCUGCUUUAUCUGUGUUAUAUUUGUAUAGGUAUAGCCAAGCUCUCAUCUACUCAGGCGUUCGCUGUUGUCGAACCUAUCGGCCGAGAAGUAUGGCUUGUGUACAACCACGUGAGCCUAUAGUUCCUUGCUGAAAGUAUGUUUGGUGAACUGGUAGUGGUUUCUCACAAUUUCGACAUCGCACAGUUCGAUUAACGACUUGGGAUAUCGUCCUUGGACAAUCAGGCCACUCGGGGAUCCAUCUCAAAGUAACAGCAUGGCCGCUCUACUUGCCUCCAGCGUGUCUAUCAUACACGAGGUGUUUGGUUUCACGGAUAACGUUCCAGCACAUCGAGCCACGACGAAAAUCAAGACCAAGGAACGAUUGUCUGUUUGUAUUUGUGGGGGUGGCAAUGGCGCGCACAUCCUUGCCGGCCUUGCCGCUUCACGACCCGGCGUCGAAUCCCGCGUCUUGACUCUCUACGCCGAUGAGGCGGAACGCUGGACCAAAGCUAUGGAGUCAGGAACCUUCAAAAUAGAAAUCAAAGGUGGCGGAAUGAGUGGCGAAGAUGUGGAAGUCAACGUUGAACCAUUCAGGGUUUCAAAGGAUCCACAAUACGUCGUCCCUGGUGCUCAGAUCAUAAUACUCUGUGUCCCUGCAUUUGCGCACAAACAGUAUUUCGACGCUAUGGCGCCGUAUGUCGGGGAGCAAAGCACAAUCAUUGGUCUCCCAGGGGCGAAUGGGUUCGAGUUUCAGCUGCGCGGGAUCCUGAAGGAGCGGUCGGACUUGUGUACUGUGAUGGUCUUUGAAAGUCUACCUUGGGCGUGUAGAAUUAAGAAAUUUGGCACAUCUGUAGAGCUCUUGGCGACAAAGGCUGUGAUGGAUGGAGCUAUCCACCGGCCGCGAAAGCCCUCUGCGUUUCAUCACAAUCAUUUAGCGUCUUUUCAGUACAUGCUGGGUGAUCACCCGCAGUUGAAAAUCAAGGGACAUCUUCUUGGCAUUACUCUUACGGCGCCGAACUCUGUCCUUCAUCCAAUCAUUAUGUACGGGCAGUGGGUAAACUGGGACGGCAAACCCCAGAACAAAGCUCCGCUAUUUUAUACGGGGGUCACGCUGGAGACCGGCGAUCUAAUGGGAAGUGUGAGUGACGAGGUCCUAGCGGUCGCCAAGAGUAUCAUGGACCAGGUCCCUGGCGUCAAUUUGAACAACGUCAAGCAUAUCUACGACUGGUUGAAUGUGACGUAUGAUGAGAUUGGUGACAGGUCCACCCUGACGACCUGCCUAAGGACGAAUAAGGGAUACCAGGGACUGACACAUCCGUGUAUCAAAACAGAUGACGGCCAAUUUCUACCGAAUUUCAAGUUCCGCUACAUGACUGAAGAUAUUACGUUUGGCCUUGCUGUGAUUAAAGGUAUUGCAGACAUCGCCUGUGUCCCUACUCCCUCCCUGGACAAAGUAGUAUACUGGGCUCAGAAGACUCUGGGGAAGGAAUUCUUGGUUGAUGGAAAGCUUACUGGGAAGGACGUGAAGGAGACAAGGGCCCCGCAGGCCUACGGACUUGUUACUCUGGAGGCGAUAUUGAAGGAAGAUGUCGAUAUAACUGAUCCAGGCGGCCGACGGGUUUCUCAAGUGAUUCAUCAUCCCGUCAAAUUCUAAGACGUUUAUAGACGUUUUAUAGACGUUACAUUUAGGACCCAAAUAGUACGACAUAGUAGUUGCGUCCUACGCUAAUUGAUUUACGCGAAACAUGGGUGCUCGUCUUUCAAGACCGAACACGUUGGCUUUUUAGAUGACCUUCAUCUGUUGGGAUUGUUAAUAUACAAUUAGUGCGAGAAUUGUAGUGUGUAAUGAGCAUAUAGCUUUGUAUUUGGUAUUAUAUUAUAUUUGCCGGAAAAAUAAAACAGAAAGCACUUCUAAUGCAGAUUUAA